UCUUAUCUGGCUUUGUUUCACUUGUCCACAACAUUUUUUUUGUGUUCCAAAUUGUAAAGUAAUUUUUCUAGAUAUUUAGUAAAAAUAUUUAAAAAUUAUAUAGUAAAGUGAGAUAUUUUUGACCAACUUCUUAUUCACUGAAGCAAAAAAAAACUGUCCAGACAAACUAACUUGAUCUAUAUAAUGCUGAAACUAAUUCAACCCAUUGAUUUGCUGAUGGCCAAAUCUACUGUUAGAUAUUUUCAAAAUCUCGUCAUUGCUUUUGCCUCGAAACAGCAUUCGCACAUACAACAUAAGCCACAGAAACAGCAAAAGAAGCGAAUAUCUAACAUUGUAAAUGACAAUACGAAAAUUGUUUGGCCGCGCAAAUUGCACAUCAAUCAGUUUGUUGGCAACAGCAACACAAAGAGCCCUAGCAACAAUGGGGAUGUGGAUGUCAACGUGGAAACCACCCUACGUUGGGGCAUUGCUCCGGUUAGCCUUAUGGCCGAUGAUUUUGGUGCUGCAUUAAGCAUCCUGCCACCUCAACGUCAUCAAAUUGUUUCUUGUGUGGCCGCCUAUCGAUCGCAUGCUGAAGCCUUUGCCGAUAAAUACAAUGUGGAGAAUAUUUACACAAGUUUCGAGGAUUUGGCAAACUGUCCAAAUGUGGAUGUUGUCUACAUUUCCCCACUGAAUCCUUUGCACGGUGAACUAUGCCAUUUAAUGUUGAAUCAUGACAAGCAUGUCCUAUGCGAGAAACCACUAUGCAUGACAGAAGAUCAGGUCCGUCAAUUGAUAUCCAAGGCUCAGGCUCGAGGUCUAUUCCUUAUGGAAGGCAUGUGGCCACGCUGUGUACCCGCCUAUCAUUAUUUGAGAAAACAAAUUCUACGCAAUCGUUUGGGUGAGGUCUCCCAUGUCCAUUGUACCUUGGGUCUACCUGUUUCUCAGUCAAAAUUGGCUCUGUAUGGCGGAGUGGCCAGUGAUUUCGGUAUCUAUGGUCUGCAAUUGGCUCUGUGGGUAUUUCGAGAGCCACCGCAAAGAGUUCGUGCCACAGGCAAACUCAAUGAGGAGGACAUUGAUGUGACAGCUGAUAUUGUAUUGGAGUUCUCCAGGAAUCGUUGGGCCCACAUACAGGUCAGUGCCGAGGAGAAGUUGGAGAAUAAAGCCACCAUAACAGGCAAAGAUGGUAGCAUUAAAAUGACAAACUAUUGGUGUCCCACACGUCUGACAACAGAUAGAGAGAAUAUCGAUUUCCCCUUGCCAGUUGAUGAUGGUUUCUUUACUCAUUAUCAUAAUCGCGUUAGCAUGUGCUAUGAAGCCGAGGAGGUGAGAAAGUGUAUUCUGAAUGGCUGCAAUGAAAGCGAAAUGUUCAACCAUAAAGAAAGUAUACUCUUGGCCAAUCUAAUGGACAUUAUUUAUAACCAACUCGGCUUGGGUCGUGGAGUUGACAUACAUACACCGAUCCUCGAGGACGAAAAAUUUCAAGAUCCUAGUGAGAUUGUUGGUGAAGCUUUUCAGUCUUUAGGUUUUGAUAUAACUACAACCGAUGGAGAUGAAUCAACUAUACCAGCCAGCGAUAACAAGAAGCCUGAGGAGAGUUGUUCAUCUAAACAAUCUGGGCCAAAGGUAUUAGGAGCACCUUAGAUUGAGUACCAAAUUAUUUAAGUAUAGGUCAGCAAUAUCAAUUCGUUAGUUUUUCAAUAUGUAAAUUUUGGUUUUCAAUACAGUGAUUUUUUCACACUUUAGUUAUUAUUAUAAA